AUGAACACGGACAAGACAGGGAAUAUGCUGAAUACUCUCCCCAGGCAGAUUAUGCAGUCGAUAGAAAGCGAACCCAUAUACUACAACGUAAUGGUAAUGGGCGAAGGAUACGCUGGAAAAACCUCUUUAGUACGCGCUCUCUUCGGGAUCGGAGAGUGCAAACCUGAAAAAAACGACGGAAUUUUUCACGAAGUGUGCGAUAUGGCAUGCACUAACAACCCCCUCGCAGAGCUGAUGGAUGCUUCAGAGCAUUCCCUCGAGAAAAACAGCACUUCCAUCUCCGCUACGUCCUACACUCUCUGGGAGAACUCCAUAUCCAUGCACUUGACGGUGUAUGAAGUCGGGGGAAUUGGGGACUCACUGCACAGCUCGUGCGACUGGGCACUAGCAAAGAAUCUGGUGCUGAACAGGUACGAAGAGUAUCACUUGGAGGAGGAGAGCGGCCUCCUGAGAAACGACAAGAGAGUUCACGUGUGCCUGUAUUUGAUCAGCCCAACUGAUAUAUUACGAGAUAUCGACGUAAAGUGCAUGCGAGAGAUGGGGAAGAUUGUGAACGUCAUUCCCAUCCUGAGCAAGGCGGAUAUGCUCACAGACGAGGCGUAUAAGGCAUGCAAAGAGUCUGUUUUCUCUGCGCUCAUGGCGAAUAAUGUGCAGCUGUUCGACUCUAUAUUCAUUGACGAGUGCAAAAAAGUCGUUGAGCUAAAUUUUAUGCCCCUGAAGUAUUCUACUCCCGGGAGAGUGUACCCGUACACUCACGAGGCAGGAAGUUCUAGCGACAUAAACACGCUGAGAGAUCUCGUUAUAUCCCAGCACAUGGUCGACCUGAUCGAAGUGACAGAUGCGUACUACGAAACGUACAGGAGGAACAAGAUCAUUGUCGACAUCCUCAUAGUGAAGGACUCCGGGAUAAGCGAGGACUUCCAGCGGAGGAUGUGCCUGGAGGAGGCGAAAGUGAAAAAGCUUGCAAAGGCCGUGGGGGAGAAAAAGACUCGAUACCAGAUGCUGAUAGCACAGCAGAAAAGCACUAUUCCCCCAGAGUUACUGUGA